AAUUAAGUAAGAAAUCAGGCCUGGCUGAAGACAUUUACACAAAGACUGGACGACUACUUUUCCAGAACAGAAAGUAAACUCAUGCAUCAGAAAAGGUGACUAAUAAACGUAUCAAAAGAAUAUGGCUGCGCAAAUACCAGAGUCUGAUCAGAUAAAACAGUUUAAGGAAUUCCUUGGAACCUACAACAAACUUACUGAAACCUGCUUUUUGGAUUGUGUUAAAGACUUCACAACAAGAGAAGUAAAACCUGAAGAGAUCACCUGUUCAGAACAUUGCCUACAGAAGUACUUAAAAAUGACACAAAGAAUAUCAAUGAGAUUUCAGGAAUAUCAUAUUCAGCAGAAUGAAGCCCUGGCAGCCAAAGCAGGACUCCUUGGCCAACCACGAUAGAGAGUCCUGAUGGGUGGACUUUCAAUGAAAGAUUGCAAAUAGCCAUUGCACUGGAAAUGAGGAUUCAUCUGAUAGAAUCCCCUGAAAGCAAUAGGCACCAUAUUUAACAAUCUGUCAUGACUGCUUGGUAAAUGGAAACCACUGGAGAAACAAAAUCCCUGUUUACUGGUAACAAAAUAGAAGGUCUUUGUUCAGUGAAAAUAGUAAGAUGCAACAUUUGUGAAGGCCUUAAGAUGCAGCAGCUUGGUCAAUUUGAUUAGAAAAAUAAACCAUUGUUU